CCCUCAGUCACCUUGGUAGGGCACUCAAAAGAGGAUAAGUGGGGCUUCUGCAUUUUUUCUUUCUAGGGAAUACUCUGCUCAGUUACGCGGAUUGGUUUCUUGCUUCUCAAUCUUCUUAAAAACACUGUCUUUUUCAUACUCGUUUGUGUCUGAUUCUUCAUGGGUUUUGCUUAGAUAUUUCUGGGUCUUCAACAACUCUUCCGGAUUUUUUGUAAUUUUUCUUCUUUUUUUUUUUUUUUUUUUGGUUUGGGUUUAUUCGGGGUUUCUUAUGGAAGGAAAUCAAACACAGAGCAUUGAAGAAAACGAAGAGAACAUCAAGGUCAAUAACAUAGAGCAUAACGACGACAACAAUAUCAUCGAAAACUCGGCUUCUGAAUCAGAGCUACCACCACCACCGCAGUCAGAUUACAUGGCGGUCGAAGCGGCGGCGAACCCAUCACCGGCGGUUCCAUUGAAAGAAGAAGAGCUGACUGAUACAGAGCAAGAACUAGACGACGAGUCUCUUCCUAUGGACCUUGAUCAGGUACCGAUGUCGAUGUCGGCGGUGACUGGAGCUCCAUCAACGAGAACGGUCGUGGCGGCGAAGAGGCCGUCAAGGGACCGUCACACGAAGGUCGAAGGCCGUGGAAGGAGGAUACGAAUGCCGGCGACUUGCGCAGCCAGAAUAUUCCAAUUGACCCGAGAGUUAGGUCUCAAAUCGGACGGCGAGACCAUACGGUGGCUACUGGAGCACUCCGAGCCGGCAAUCAUCGAAGCCACGGGUACGGGAACUGUACCGGCUAUUGCAGUCUCGGUAGGUGGGACGCUAAAAAUUCCCACAACUUCACCGGCAAGACCAAACGGAGAAAUCGCUGAAAUCCCAAGGAAAAGGAGGAAAAGAGCGUCGAACAGCGAGUUUAUCGACAUGAACGAUCAGGUCGAUCAGGCUUCUAUUUCCUCUGGGCUCGCUCCCAUUGCACCAAUGGGUUAUGGUCCUGGUGGUGGUGGUGGAGCACAAGGGCUGGUUCCAUUGUGGCAAGUGGGGGCGACUGGUCCUGCGGGGCCUUUCCUCAUGUUCCCAAACACUGGGGCUGGUGCUGGGGCUCUUCAAAUUCCAAACCAGCCACAAAUUUGGGCAAUCCCAACUGCGGCUGGAACACCGAUUUUCAGUGUCCAAACAAGACCCAUUUCCAAUUUUGUCACGGCUAUGCAGCCUCAUUCCGCUCAACUCGGCGAUGUGCAAGCCUCGUCCGGUUCGAUUUCGAGCGGUGCGGCGACUUCGGGGUCUGGUGGAAGUUGUUCUUUGACAAUGGGACCCAGUUUGAGCUCAGGAACGACAAGUAACAGUGUUGGGAGUAGUGGUACUGGUUCUACAACGACAACGACUCAGAUGCUCAGGGAUUUCUCUUUGGAGAUUUAUGAUAAGAAAGAGCUUCCAUUCUUGGGUCGGCCAGCAAAUUCGCAUACACAAUCUUCAAAACCUUGAAGAGCCAUCUUCUUUUUCUUUUUUUCAAGCUACAAAGUUAUUGUAUUAGGAUGCUAGGAUUUUAGAUGUUUUAUUUUGUUUUUUAAGUAAUCAUUUUAGGCCUUUUUGGUAAGAAAAAAAUGCACAAAGUAAGAAGUUUAUUUUU